GCAAAGCAACCCGCUUUGCUAUAAAUAGUUUACUUACGUAUUCUUGUGGAAAGAUUCUGCAAAACGAGUUGCUUCAAAGAUGGCAACCUGGCAACGAUCUUCUCAAGUAGAGCCUGGUUAUCCUCCAGCCACACAACUAGGUAAUCAACCUGUUGGCUAUCCACCUCCAGUAGUUCAGCAACAGCCAGGACAAAUAUGGAUGCCUGCUCCCCAAGAACCACAAAACUGUCCUCCAGGCUUAGAAUAUUUAACUCAAAUCGAUCAAAUACUAGUGCACCAACAAGUGGAGCUUUUAGAAGCGUUUACUGGCUUCGAGACAAAUAAUAAGUAUAAAGUAAAGAAUAAUAUGGGACAACAGAUUUAUUUUGCUGAAGAAGAUACUGACUGCUGUACUCGGCAGUGUUGUGGACCAGAACGUCCAUUUGAAAUGAAAAUCCUGGACAAUGCUCAACGUGAAGUGAUUCACUUAUCCCGGCCACUCAGAUGCUCAUCGUGUUGCUUUCCUUGUUGUCUGCAAGAGAUCGAGGUCCAAGGACCGCCAGGAAACGUGUUGGGAUACUGUGUUCAGCUUUGGUCAAUUUGUAUCCCAAAGUUCGCGAUCCAGAACGCAAAUCGUGAGACAGUAUUAAAGAUUGAAGGACCUCUAUGUCAAUGUAGCCUUUGUGGAGAUGUUGAAUUUCAGGAAGUGGACCGUAGCUAUGAAGUCCCCAUGACAGCGCGGGCAAUUUUUUUGCGAUUGGAGGUACUGUCCAGUGAUGGGAACAGCCAAGUUGGAAAAAUCUCCAAACAAUGGUCUGGCCUUGCAAAAGAGCUGUUUACUGAUGCUGAUAACUUUGGAAUAACAUUUCCUAUGGAUCUUGACGUCAACAUCAAAGCUGUUGUACUUGGUGCUUGUUUUCUUAUCGACUUCAUGUUUUUUGAGACAUCAAAUGAUAACAACGAUCAGUAAAAGUCAGUCAAGUCAGGCCAGCACAAAUUAAACUGGACAUUGCCCAUUUUCUUAACGGUGUGGUGGACUCAAUGCGAUCCUUCUACACUAUGUCUCCGCCUCCCCAAAUGGAGUUGUUUUUAAAAUAUUUAAAUACUGUUAAGUACUGAUUUAGUACUAAUCUCAUCAUAAAAAAUGUGUUUUUAUAUAAGUUUUAUAUGAAUCAUGAAUGAAUGAAUGAAUGAAACCUUUAUUCAGAACUAAUAAAAAGGUCUGCUAUCAAUGGGAGCCCUGGCGUAAAAUACAAUUACAGUAGUAAAAAGCAUCCAGAAGACCCCUUCCAUUUACCUUUUCCAUGGAGGUAUGGUGAACCAUGCUUAGAAACUAGGGCUAAAACUCUUUCGUUUUUGGUACCCACUUGAACAUGUUAGUACUAUGUCUCGAGAAAGUAAACCAAAAAUCUAGCUUGUACUCAUUACUUAAUAAUUAGAUUUUAAUUUAUCGUCAAUCACA